AUGAUCUCCAACGUGGCCUCCAGAAGGUUCCUCCUGCCCGCGCUCCGUCGUGUGCGCGCCCGGGUGACCUGUCGUGACAUCCACGUGGACGGGCCGCCGAUCGCUCCCGCGCUGACCACCAGCUACGCCCACGGCACGUCUUCCUUCUCGCUCCUGGACGCCACCGUGGGCGAGGCGCUGACGCGGGCGGCCGACGCCUGGCCCGACAGGGAGGCCGCCGUCUUCGCGGAGGACGGCGUGAGGAAGACCUUCGCCGACUUUCACCGAGACGCGGAGCGGGCCGCCGCCGGCCUGCUGGCGCUGGGCCUGCGGCCGGGCGAGCGCCUGGGCAUCUGGGGGCCCAACACCUACGAGUGGCUCCUGUUCCAGUUCGCCACGGCCAAGGCGGGCAUCAUCAUGGUCUCCGUCAACCCCGCCUAUCGUCCGGAGGAGGCGGAGUUUGCGCUCAGGAAGGUGGGCUGUAAAGCAUUGGUGUGUCCCACGGCCUUCAAGAGCCAAAAUUACUGCGACAUGCUGCGCCUCAUCUGUCCGGAAAUUCCUUCCUGCCCGCCCGGAGACAUCCGCAGCGGCCGACUUCCCGACCUGCGCUCGGUCAUCGUCCUGGACAGCCGGCAGGACGGGAUGUUCCACGCGGACGACGUGAUGGCGGCGGGCGACGGCCGCUCCUUGCGCCGACUGCACGAGCUACAAAAGAGCAUUUGCUGCGACGGUCCCAUCAACGUCCUCUUUACGUCGGGAACGACGGGUCGGCCCAAAGGCGCCACGCUGACUCAUCGCAACGUGGUCAACAACGCCUUCUUCGUGGGCAAGCGCAUGGGAUUCGACUGGCGGCCCCGCACGCGAAUCUGCCUCCCCGUGCCGCUCUACCACUGCUUCGGCUCGGUGGGCGGCGGCGUCUGCAUGGCCGUCCACGGCGUCACGCUGGUCUUCCCUUCGCCGGCGUACAGCGGGCGGCGCAACCUGGCCGCCAUGCAGGACGAGAAGUGCACCUUUGUGUACGGGACGCCCACCAUGUUCGUGGACAUGAUCAGCCAGCCCGACGUGCGCAAGUACGAUCUUUCGUCCGUUGUCGGAGGCGUCAUGGCGGGCUCGCCGUGUCCUCCCGAGCUGGUUCAGAGCGUCAUUUCCGUCUUGGGCAUCCAGGAAGUGACGAUCGGAUACGGAACCACGGAGAACAGUCCCGUCACCUUUUGCGGCUCGCCGCUGGACAACCUCCGCAGAAAGUGCCGCACGGUCGGCUACGUCAUGGAACACACCGAGGCCAAGAUCGUGGACCCGGCGAGCGGGCGGACGGUUCCGUUGGGUCGUUCGGGCGAGAUCCUGAUCCGGGGCUACUGCGUCAUGAGGGGUUACUGGAACGACCCGGACAAGACCCGCGAGUGCAUCGGAGAGGACGGCUGGUACAAAACCGGGGACAUCGGCAGCUUGGACGCGUUCGGCUACUGUCGCAUCCAAGGUCGCAUCAAGGACAUGAUCAUCAGAGGAGGCGAAAACGUCUACCCCGCCGAAAUCGAACACUUUCUACACACGCACCCUAAAAUACAGGAAGUGCAGGUGGUCGGCGUGUCGGACGCACGCAUGGGCGAAGAGAUUUGCGCCUGCGUCAAAGUGAAGGACGACGCCGAGUUGAGCCAGGAAGAGGUCAAGACUUUCUGCGGAGGAAAGAUUUCUCACUUCAAGAUUCCUCGCUACGUCGUGUUCGUCAGCGGCUUUCCGCUCACCGUCACCGGAAAGGUGCAGAAACAGGAACUGCGACAGGAGGCGGAAAAACGGCUGGGAAUCGGCAAAGCUGACUAA